AUGGCAGGAAGCGUAAGAAUUAAAGACGUCGUCAUCACGCCAGUGGCGUUCCAAGACAUGCCACUAUUGAAUAGCGUCGGCGUACAUGAACCUUUCGCACUGCGCAGCAUUAUAGAAGUCAUCACCGAAACUGGGGUGUAUGGUCUUGGCGAGUCUUACGGCGACGACGCACAUCUGCAACGUCUUGAGGAGGCGGCGAGGGCGAUCAAGGAGCUGAAGCCUUCGGUCUUACAUCUUAAUGUUAUAUAUAAGACCUGCGUUGGGUCGCUUGAAGGCAGCAGCACUCACGGAGGUGAUGGCAUGGCGGGUAUGGUGACCACAGCCUCCACCGCCGAUAAAGUGUUCAGUCCGUUCGAGGUGGCAUGUCUCGAUAUCCAGGGGAAACUUGCUGGGGUACCUGUGAGUGAUUUGCUCGGCGGUCGUGUCAGAGAUACGGUGCCAUACUCGGCCUACCUGUUCUACAAGUGGGCUGGGCACCCCGGUCAGCCAGACGACGAGUUCGGAGAAGCGCUCAAUCCGGAGGGACUGGUGAAGCAAGCGAAAAAGAUGAUGGACGAGUAUGGCUUUACAGCGAUCAAACUGAAAGGCGGCGUCUUCGAACCGUCCCAGGAGGUCGCGGCAAUCAAAGCGCUGCGCCAUGCGUUCCCAAAUACACCUUUACGUCUCGACCCCAACGCUGCAUGGACAGUGGAGACCUCCAAAUGGGUAGCAAAGGAGCUUGCCGGUAUCGUCGAAUAUCUCGAGGAUCCCGCCGGAGGUAUAGACGGGAUGGCGGCGGUUGCAAACUGCACCGAGACGACCAUGCCACUCGCGACGAACAUGGCCGUGGUGGCCUUCACACACCUGCCCGAGUCUAUCGCGAAGAAUGCAGUCCAAGUCAUACUAUCGGAUCACCACUUCUGGGGCGGUCUGCGCAAGUCUCAAUUGCUAGCCGGCAUGUGCCACACAUGGGGCAUGGGCCUGAGCAUGCACUCGAACAGUCAUCUUGGCAUCUCGCUGGCCGCCAUGACGCACCUUGCAGCUGCUACCACAAACCUCGACUACGCUUGCGAUACACACUGGCCCUGGAAGCGACGUGACGAGGAUGUCAUCGUAGACGGAUCGCUCAAAUGGGUAGCCGGUGGGGCGGUCGAGGUGCCCAAAACACCUGGACUGGGCGUUGAGCUGGACCGGGAAAGGCUGGCAAAGCUCCAUAAGCAAUAUCUGGAUUGUGGUCUGCGGAAGCGAGACGAUACCACAUACAUGCAGAAGUUUCAGCCGGAGUUCUCAGCAGAUAUUCCCAGAUGGUGA